AUCUCAUUCUGAAAGGUGUGGAGGAAAAGGUGCCGUGAAAAAGCGUGUGCGCAUUUGCCGAGUGGAAAAGGAAGCAUUUUUCUGCAUCUUUCGUGAACAUUUCGCGUUAUUUCGUGCAUUAAAGGAUUCCGCAACUGUGAAAAGAAUCUCGCCAUAUUGUAAACGCUAACCCCAAAUACAGAGUCGUUGCUUUGAUACCGCGCUGUGACGUCUGUUUGUGCGCGUGUGUGUGUGAGUGUGCCCUUGUGCAGAGCAACAGGAAGAACAGUAGCAGCAACAAUGAAUGCAGGACUAAGUAAAAUACACUUUGUCAACACGACGGGCGUAUCGCUGAACGAUCGCUUUACCACCAUGACCAAACCGACGGUGGGUUUUGGGGCGGCACCGGCCAUCGUAGAAGCACCCCGUCCGCGAGCCAGCUCGGUUACCAGAGCGACGGAAAGCAACCGUCGGUUGGUCGAUCAAUGGGAUCAGUUGCAUGCUUUGCAAGCCCUGGGAGUAAAGGCUGUUCCUGUUAUUCGUCCCGCUCGCCAGCGGCUGCAGCGCAACAACUCAUUUGCUCAACAUGUGAAACGUACCAUUGAUAAACUGACCGGAGGCGUGCGUCGUUUGCCGCGAUCAAACAGCUUUACCGACAUUGCAACAAUGACCGCUGACCGCUUAGAACUGUUGCAACGAGUCCGUGGACGUGCGCCAACAAUCUCGUCCCGGCUGGGCGCCGUUCGUUCCGUUUCAAGAGGACGCAGUAUGUCGCGUGGACGCAGCGCAUCACGCACCCGCAGCAACUCGCGUGGACGCCAGCCCUCGUUAACCCGUUCAAACUCGCAGACGAAUCUGCGUCGCGCCGGAUCGCGUACCAACCUCUCCCGUGCCGGAUCGCGUACCAAUCUGACCCGUGCCGGAAGCCGCAAUGCGCUGAACGUUGUUAACCGUAAACCGAUCGCUCCGAAUGAUGCCCGUCGACGCAUCAACCGUAACAAUCUGCUUGCCAAUCGGCUGGGCACUGUCAAUAAUGCUGCGACGGCCAUUACACGUGGCCGCAGCCGUAGCCGUAGCCGCGUGCGUGGUGGCGCCCCAGCAGUUGCUGCCAAUGUGCCGGCGGUGGCCGCCAAUGGUCGUGCACGAUCGCGUUCCCGCAAGCGUGCCGGAUCUCGAGCUCGCGCUGGAAGCGUGAACAGUCGGCUCGGCAUGAAUCGUACCAACGAACCGGCAGCCACUGCAGGUGGACGGGCCAACGGAGGUCGUGUGACCAAGCGCAACCGCAAUGGUCCACGCGUAAACGCAUCGAUCGUCGGUACACGCGCCGGACGCCCGCAGAAGAGAGAAGCACCCAAACGCAAGGGAGCGGGUGGUAAGGCAGCAAAGGCAGCCGCUGCCAGAAGCAACGGGGCGGGAGCUAACGGUGCCGCAGGAGGAAGAGGAGCAGCAGCAGCAGCAGCAGCCGCCGCACCCGGCAGACGCGGACGAUCUCGAUCGCGGCGUGAUAACUCUCGCGUUCGUGGACGCAGUGCAUCGAAGAAUCGCACCGCACACGUAAAGCAGCAGCCCAAGAGCCGCGAAGAGCUGGACAGCGAGCUGGAUCAGUACAUGGCCAACACAAAGUCGUCGCUGGACAAGGAAAUGGACCAGUACAUGAACGGCAUCUGAAGCAGUUUUCCCUCGAACGGCCAUAUUUUAACCACCACUACACCCAGCAAGACGUUUUAAGAAGGCAAAGCAUCUAAUGAACUAACACAGAGAGGACACGAAUCCUAUCCCCUAAUAACCCACACAGGUGUAUCACACCUUAGAAAACGCACGUGUGUGUGUGUGUAAGCAGAAUAAUACAUCCGUAUGAAAUUCAACCCUCAAGACUUUCACAGUCGUUUGCCAGCAGUGUGAUGGCAUCGUGACUUAGCAGAUAAGAAACAUGCUAGUUUUAUUUAAUUAUUACCAGUUACAAAGUAUGAAUAAUUGUAACAUGUAUAUAGAAUUCUCACCUAUAGCUGUUAGCGUUCUUACAUGAUGAAUAAAAGAAUGAACUAUGUACCCCCAUAUCAAGGGAUGAACGAA